CAUUUUCUCUGUGAACCGUCUCGCGAGCAGUCUCAUCUAACGUGCAAUAUCUAGCAAGAACUAUGGAUAACUAUGGAAGUAACUUCUCCGAGUGCUACUAUCCUGCACCUCUUUCCCAGAAGACGAACGCGACGAACUGGAGCGAGUGUGAAUCACGUGGACCGUGUUUAUAUCCCCAAAAUGGUAUCCAAUCUUCACUCGGCUACUCGUUAGGGAAAACUACUUCAACAGCAACAAGUACGUGUGAAGAAAUGACUUUAUCCGUAAUGGCUGGACCCAAAAACAAGAUAAAAGCCGAGCUGAAGAACGAUGAGUUGUGGAACGUCUUCAGAGAGAAUGAAACGGAGAUGAUUAUUACUCGAGCCGGAAGACGUAUGUUCCCCAUCCUUGAUUUUCGUCUAUCAGGAAUGGAAGCAAACCAGUACUACAGCUGCAUGGUGCAGAUCGUUAGCAUAGACAAUCAUCAUUACCGUUAUGACUUGACCAAUGACAAGUGGGUUGUGACUGGGUCAGCGGUGAAGCUUGACGUCCAACACUCUCGUUGCCUACACCCCCAUGGAUCAACACUUGGAAGAGUAUGGAUGAAAGAGGGAGCGAAAUUCGACAAGUUAAAGCUGUCGAACAAUGUCAAACCAUACUGUGACUAUAUUAUAUUAUCAUCGUUACAGAAGUACAAAGCCCAGUUGAUAGUCACUAGACUAGACCUUCCUCACUGCGAGAGGUGGAUCUUCGAUUUCCCUGAAACGGCCUUCAUCGCAGUCACGUGCUACCAGAACCCUACCAUCACAAGACUAAAGAUCGAACAUAAUCCAUUUGCCAAAGCAUUCAGACAAGGAAAAAGGUCAAUGAACCAAGAUGAGGACACGGAAAAGCAGAAUAGGUCGUGUAACUCUACCAAGUCGACAAAGCGUCCGCGCUUACAGAUCUCAUCACCGCCACCCGUGACCAGACUUCACCCACCACCUCUUGGUCAUUUCCCGGAAACUGUUCCGUCAAUCCCAACACCCCCACCACCCCCUCUCCCACCUAUGAAUUUGUACUGUCAGUCAUAUCCUUCAAGAGAAACGAUGGUUAACCAACAAUCGAGAUUUAUUCCUCUAAUGAACGAUCCUAUCCUCUGGGAGCCACCUCAGGCCUCCAUGACGUCACAGCGAACUUGUCUUCCACCGAUCAACACUAGUUUCCACUUCGAGGCACCUCAACCCCAGUGCCUCAAACAGGAACAUCAGACCUGUACUAACGUUCCUCAAACCUGGUUUUCUGACCAACAAGACGUCUGUGGAAACCUCUAUGGUACAAACUGGGUGCCGACAAACAGCUGCUCUCUAUAUGAAGACAUACAAUUACGUCACCAUGGUUACGACAAUAUGUUUUAUCGGGAAAACUAGAACGAAGUUUUCGAGUAUAAGUAAACCACAGGAAGCCCACUUUAGAAAAAACUAAUAAAUUUCAACCAAUCGAAAAAUGGUUCAGUUAGCAAACGACAUCUUGCGUCGCUUUUAUUUCACAAUAUUAUUUUUAUCUACGUGGGCUUCCUUAAUUACUUUAAUUCUGGUUUUGAUGUUAGAUUUUUGCUAUACUUAUUUAUGCGGAACUUUGUCUAUUUAUAAAAUCAAAACGCGCGAGUUCAGCGUUUUGACACGUGAACAUUUCCAGUACAACUUGUCUCUCGAAAAGAUUGCGCAGCCUUUUGUGCAUGUAAGUUAUUCAGUGCAAUUUUUAUCAUCUAUUUUCUUUUGUUAAACCAUACCUUAUACCUUCGUUAAACUUUCAAGUUUUUGUUUUGCGCGAGACAAGUUGCGACAAGGAAUCUUAGCGUUUAAAACCAACCUCAAGCAGUUUUUCAAACCUCAUUUGUUUGGGUCAAAACAUCGUUCACAGUUAUUUCUACUCGCGCACUUCAAUGAGCUUUGGAUUUAAAAAAAUUA